UUCGGUCCUGUCAUUUAAUACCAGAUUGGCUCAACGAUCUCUAGAAUUAUGACAUAAAGUGAUAAUAUAAUUGAGACUCACAAAGUGCCAUACGAAAAUAUCAGAAAUUCUAUCCAGAUUGGCGCGAGUCGUCAUUGAAUUCAAGAACAGCUUCGGUCCUGUCAUUUAAUACCAGAUUGGCUCAACGAACUCUAGAAUUAUGACAUAAAGUGAUAAUAUAAUUGAGACUCACAAAGUGCCAUACGAAAAUAUCAGAAAUUCUAUCCAGAUUGGCGCGAGUCGUCAUUGAAUUCAGGAACAGCUUCGGUCCUGUCAUUCAAUACCAGAUUGGCUCAACGAUCUCUAGAAUUAUGAUAUACUUAAAGUGAUAAUAUAAUUUGAGACCCACAAAGUACCAUACGAAAAUAUCAGAAAUUCUAUCCAGAUUGGCGCGAGUCGUCAUUGAAUUCAAGAACAGCUUCGGUCCUGUCAUUCAAUACCAGAUUGGCUCAACGAUCUCUAGAAUUAUGAUAUAAAGUGACGAUACAAUGUGUGACCCAAAAAUUACCACAAGGAUGUCAGAAAUUCUAUCCAGAUUGGCGCGAGUCGUCAUUGAAUUCAAGAUCAGCUUCGAACCUGUCAUUCAAUACCAGAUUGGCUCAACGAUCUCUAGAAUUAGACAUAAAAGUGACGAUACAAUGUGUGACCCAAAAAUUACCACAUGGGUGUUAGAAAUUCUAUCCAGAUUGGCGCGAGUCGUCAUUAAAUUCAAGAACCGCUUCGGUCCUGUCAUUCAAUGCCAUAUUGGCUCAACGAUCUCUAGAAUUAGACAUAAAAAUGACGAUACAAUGUGUGACCCAAAAAUUACCACAUGGGUGUUAGAAAUUCUAUCCAGAUUGGCGCGAGUCGUCAUUAAAUUCAAGAACAGCUUCGAUUCUGUCAUUCAAUGCCAGAUUGGCUCAACGAUCUCUAGAAUUAGACAUAAAAGUGACGAUACAAUGUGUGACCCAAAAAUUACCACAUGGGUGUCAGAAAUUCUGUCCAAAUUGGCGUGAGUCGUAAUUAGAUUCAAGGACAGCAAAUUGUAAUAACAUAAUGAAUUUGACUUACAUGAUAUAAUUCCCAUAGCGGAAGCUUUUUCCUAAUAGUGUGAUCAAUUAAUUUAACUAUUUAUAAAAGAAUCAAAAUCACUCUCUAGCUCACUUGUCAUGCCCGGUCAAGGCAAAAAUCUAUACUGAAUUACAUUACACAUUACACAGAUUGUGCCUCGUAUGCAUUGAGGAAUGUGGGCUAUACUAUACCAUAUAUUAUAUCAAUCAGGUAUCCUCUGACUCGUGGGAAACUUUUUAAUAAACAACUAGUUUCAGUUACUGACUUCGCUUGAUAAAUUAUUUUUAUUGCAGGGUACAGGUUUACCUACAAUACAUUAUGAAGAAGGUGAACAAGUUUUCACUUUUGAUUCAUCAUGCAGAAUCAAUGCUUUGCGUUUACUCAAAUAUUGUUAUGUUUUUGUUCAACUGUAAUGAUGAUGGUGAUUAUAACGUUCGACUUAUUGUUCGAUUCAAAGCAGGUUGAAAUAAGGUUAAUAUUAUUUAAAAUAUCAGUAUUGAAACGUUGCACUCCUUGUUCAUUACAACUUAGGUACCUACCUAAUGUACAACUAGAUCGUGAUUAUAUAAUCAUCACAACCAGUAUGCAGGUAUAUUCAUGAUAUUCCUCUUCGUAAGAUUAUCGUUUAUAUUCAAUGUACAUAAUUUAGUCAGAAAAAAAUGUAUGUAGAGAAUCGAACUUGUAACAUAUACCUACAUUGAACAUCAAACUCUUAACCACUGAGCCAUCGUCGUACUGCGUCAUCGGAAAUAGGUGUAAGUUUACGUCUGUGUAAUAAAUACCUAAUUAAUAUGAAUAUGCGGUGUAUCAUUUUACAAAGUGUUGCGACUAACUCGUUUGUUCGUGAGAAUAGCAACUAAGCAUUUUAGCGAUGACUACGCGUCCAAAAUGCAAAAAUUUGAAAUAUGCAAUGCAUAAUCCGUUAUUGUCUUGCAUUUAAGGUUUUAUUUUGCAUAAUUCAGUUUUGCACGGAUUUGUAUUGUUUUUCUAUAAAAUAGGAAAAAUCAUUAAACUUUACUCAUUCCUUUGAUCGAUUCCCAAUUGUCCACAAUUGUGGUAUCCUCAUCCGUGUUAUUUUCAUCUUCAGUGCUUUUCUUCAAGAAAGUUUGUUAAAAUGUUAGUAAGUAUUUACAUUUACUUUUAGUUUAUGUAUUAUGUUGGAGUUUUUUACAUAAUAAAUUUACACAACAUUUUAAAUACCAUGUACCUAACCGAUUUCUUAAUUUUCAGGUCUAACUACGAAUAUUCAUCCGGUUCGGACUCCCAACUGCCGCUGGCGCCUACGUCUGCGCUAAAAGUGUUGAAAAAGAAGCCUGCGAGCAAGAGGAAGCCGGCGGAGUCGACCCCAACGCCUACUAGUUCUAAAAAGAAGUCGCGUUCGAGCGCCAACGACGAGGCAGGCGCGACCGCAACGUAUUCAUCGAGUACUGGCCCUGGAGGACUCUUCGGGUUUGAGACGGGAGCAACUUCGGGGACGUCGAAGUCUGCAGUGCUGCAGACUUAUUUGACCAGCCGCGUCCCCAACGGUCGAGUGCGCCGGGAGCUCGUCAACCAGUCUGGCGAGUACUAUAUAGAGUUCCGGGUGUAUAACACCGAGAAAGCUGUUGCCUCUAAACCAGAUCAGCGGUGGAAAGAGGCUGAAGUUACUCUUAAAGUAAAGUUAGAUCGGGGGACUCCGCAGUGGGAGAAAAUGCAAUCGUUUAUGCAGCGGAUUCAUAAUUUAUUUGAAGAUUGUGAGCCCGUCUUCAUAAGCGAAUAGUAAUAAGUACAGCUACUACUCAGGUACUUAUUACAACCUUUUCUCUCACUGCUGCUGUUCAUUGAUAUAACUUCACUUUAAGAUACUUAGUAGUUUUUUUCCACUGAAUUUUCAACCAAAUACCUAUGAAAUUAUAAUUGUAAAUCAUACAUUCAUUGUGUAUAUUGCAAUUUUAUGUCGUUAGCGUAUGAAAGGCGAGGCAUUUUCUUUGUAUAUUUAAAGUAUACUUAUCAAAAAUGGUGUUUUGUACAGUUUGUAAAGUCUCUGUAGAUCGUGUUCAUUGGAUGGGGCAUUUACGAAGCACUAACCAUAAAAAUAAAAAUAUUUCUCCUUUUAGCGACGGGAUUGAAUUAAUUGAGUCCGCAUUUCGCAACCGAAUAGCUUCAUACAGAAUAUUAUCACCAGAUUUGGAUGGUCAUAAUUCUUUAGAUCGGUUUCUUGAUGAUAUAAAAAAUAAAAUCAAAACAUUAAUUGAUUUGUCUCUCAAGGAAAAUGACUGUAUAAAACUCAAUUUUGAACAUUUUGCUGUUUUUCUUUUAGUAAAAAAUGAUUCUCAGGAAAUAAAGUCUUUUGGAACUAAAAAUUAUACUCUCUAUAAAAAUUAU